UGUAAAUGAAGUAAUAUUUCCAAAUAUUAUUGUUUUAGUUAAACUCCAUCUAUGCGAUAAUUGUAAUAAUAUGGAUAAUAUGGUUAACCGUAAUAAUUGUAAUAAUAUGGCUCUCCUAGGGCUAUGAUACCGUAAGAAUAUAAAAUAAUCUAAUUAGUUCAUUCUAAUAGACAGCACAAAAUUAAGAAACUCAAUAAUUCCAAUAAAUUUAAUAGUAAGAAAUUAUAAUAAUUGAAAGAUAAUAAAAUAGAUAAGGAAAUAGAGCAGAUGUUCAUCAUUUUGAGAGACCACUUUAAGUAGUACCAUAGGAGGAUAUUGAAUAAAAGUGGAAGGAGAAAUGCUGUAUUAUUCUCUAUAAAUAUGAAUGAUAGUAAGACUAGAAAUGCAUGUAUAUGAGUUGCAAGUAGAAAUCUAAAAGUUGAGAUUAUAAAGUAAUAGUGGUCAGAUUACAUAUAUAUAAGAUGAUAAGAGAGUACUUUAGAUUUUUAAAUAGUUAGAUAAAUGAAUUGAUGUAAGCAAAUAAGGAGAUAAGGAAUUAAGAACAAUAGUUGAGAAUUUAAAACAAAUAAUUGUCUGAAGACUUGGAAUCUUGGAAAUCUAGAUAUAAGUUGCUCUAAGAAUCUAAUUCUAAGAGUUCAGGUUUGGAUGAAGAAAUAAGAUAAUUGAAGAAGAAGAUUAAUGAAUUAAGUGAAGAUUUAUCAGGAUGUCAUGAAUAAAUUUAAUAGAGAGAUAGUGAGAUUUUAAACUUGAAGUAGUUAUUGCAUGAUAAAGAUAAUGAAUUAGAUUAAUUAGAUGCUCAUAUAAGGGAAUUAGAAAUGAUGUGUGAGAAUUAUUCUUAAUCUGAAACAUAAAUAAUAAGUCUUUAGGGAGAAGUGGAAUUGUGGAAGAAAAAGUUUAAAUAGGUGAAUGAAUAGAAUUCAGAUUUAGCAGAGAAGUUGACAAUGGCUGAAACUUAGUUGGAAGCCAUAAAAAAAAGAUAAGUGACAGUAACAAAAGAGACUGAGGUAAGAAAGAGUGGUACUCAUGGAGGUGGAACAACUACAUCAUAUGAAUAAAAUGUAAUAAAAGGUGCAUAAUUAUUACAUCCAAGAGGUUCAUAAUAUUUAAAAUGA